CCUCCUAAGAGUCUGAAAGGUUGGGAUUCAGGUUAUGUUAUCCUCUCACCCUGUGGGGGCUUCACCGGGCUUCUUCCAGGUCACAUCUCAGCUCUCCUGUGCUCAGCUUACCAACUUGCCACUCUGUCCCCGCCCCUCCCUAGGUCCUGUCCUUCACCAGCCUUCCUGCCUGCCCCUAAUAGUCAGCUCCCUUCAAACCCCAGCAUGAUUUGACUUCCACUCUCCCAUUUACUACUCACACUCUUCUCAACCAUACAUGACACCACACACAUGGACAGUCCUUAUUGUAGAAGAAGCCUUUCUCACCUGCCCUCAACCUCAAACCAGAGAGGUAACCCCAGGCCUGCUGUUGCCUUUUAGACAAAUGUGAAGUACAACAUCCCUGUGUCCUCAGCCUCCCUCUCAGCCAUCAAGAGCUUGGGCCUUCGGGGCAUCUCCUGCAUUGGCCUGACCAACCUGGAUGGCUCACCAGCCUCACAUCAGGUGCUGCAGUCUGUUGCCUACCACCUGGGCCCACACCUGCAGGGCUUGUGUCUGAGUGGGGGCAGUCUCUCAGAGGCCUCUUUUGUGGCCCUGAUCCUGGGAUGCCCAGCCCUGCGCACUCUUGACCUUAGUGGCUGCAACAGCCUCUUCACAUCAGGUAUGCUUCUGGCUCAGCCUGAGACAGCACAGCGUGUCCGGCAGGCAUUAAGUGGCCUCUGUGAGCUCAUCUUGGCUGACUUGCGGGACCUGACUGACCACAGCUUCAACCAGCUCAGCAGCUGUGUACCCAGCCUGGAGCGCCUCUCCUUGGCCUACUGCCACCUCACCUUUGAGCGAGACCCAACCCGGGGCUCUGCCGGCGCCCAGGUCUCCUCUCCCUUCCAACUAUCCUUCCGCAACCUGCUUCAAUUUGUGAAGGAGCAUGCUGGCAGGUUGCGCGCCUUGGACCUAAGUGGCACUGGAUUGCCACCAGAGGCCCUGAAGGCCCUGGGCCAGGUGGCUGGGCUGCAGCUGCGGGAGCUGAGCCUGCAUAGCUGCCGGGACCUCUCCACAGAGGCUGUGGCCACCUUGUGCUGCCAACAACCAGGCCUUACCUCCCUGGACCUCAGUGGCUGCUCAGAUCUGACUGAUGGGGCGCUCUUGGCUGUGAGCCGGGGCCUGCAGCACUUGCGGCGUCUGAGCCUGGGAAAGCUGCAGCGGUUGACAGAUGCAGGAUGUACAGCCCUAGGGGCCCUGCAGGAAUUGCAGAGUCUGGACAUGGCUGAGUGCUGCUUGGUGAGCGGGCGGGAACUGGCCCAGGCCCUGAGUUCUGGGCACAGAGCUCCACCCCCACUGACCACCCUCAGGCUGGCCUACUGCUCUUCACUGAAGGAUGCUUCAGUGCUCUCUGUGAUCCCAGCGUUGGGCCCAAGCCUCAGGGUGCUAGACUUGUCCUCCUGUGCGGCCCUCACCAACAGAACAAUACAGGCCAUUUGCACCUACCUCACCCACCUCUCAGUCCUGCGCCUGGCUUGGUGCAAGGAGCUCUGUGACUGGGGGCUUCUGGGGCUGGAGGAACCAAAUGAGGAGUCUACGCUGGGUUCCCAGCUACACCCAGAGCUGGAGUAUCAGGUCUCAGAUGCCGAGGAUCCCUCUCCCAAGUCACAAGGCCCCUCACUGCUCGUGCUGCAGGCCCUCCAGGAGUUGGACCUCACAGCCUGCAGUAAGCUGACUGAUGCGAGUUUGGCCAAGGUGCUCCAGUUUCCCCAGCUGAGACAGUUGUCACUAAGCCUGUUGCCAGCACUCACAGACAUGGGCUUGGUGGCUGUGGCCAGAGGCUGCCCCAGCCUGGAGUGCUUGGCGCUGAGUCACUGUAGCCAUCUCAGUGAUGAGGGCUGGGCCCAGGCAGCCAGGUCCUGGCCAAGGCUGCAGCACCUCAACCUGUCCAGCUGCAGUCAGCUCACAGAGCAAACACUGGAGACCAUUAGGCAGGUGUGCAAGCAGCUCCGGGUGUUGGAUGUGGCCAUGUGUCCUGGUAUCAACAUGGCGGCUGUCAGGCAAUUUCAAGCCCAGCUGCCUCAGGUGACCUGCAUCCAGUCCCGCUUUGUGGGAGGGGCUGACCUGACCCUAACACUCUGAGGCCAGAACCCUUGUCUAGGACUCAGGAUGGGACCAAUCCAGAGCAGGGAACUUCCUGCCCCAGUUUCCCCACAGCUGGACAGCAACCUCUUUUCAGCUACUUGUUGCUGCCUC